AACAAGCCAAUCGAGCGCAGUGCACUCAAACUAACUGUACUAACAGCCACGAGCAGCUCAAGCUACCCCACAAGGCACGCCCAGUCGGUGCCCCAAAGGAUACAACAAUAAUUUAAGCGUCAAGUGUCAAGUGUUGUGUGUCGGUGACCUGCCCCCAGCCCACUCGAUAAAAAACAGAUAAAUAAAUAAAUAAAAGAGAAUUAUGUUGAAAUUCGUGUGCCUGUUCGCGCUGCUCGCCUCGACGGCGGCGGCAGCCUCCGAGGCUGACAGCUUGCUGACGAGCGCCCUCAAGAUGGUCAAGGAUUGCGGCGAGCGUUCCAUGGUGUUGUGCAUGAAGGAGCGCGCCCUGCACUACUUCGACGAGGAGAACGGCGAUGUGCGUCUAACGGAGGGCAUUUCCCUGGUCAAAACCGAUGAGAUUCCGGUGGGUCGGGCUCUCAACGAUGUGACGCUGCCGGAGGAGGCGGAGGCGCGCGAAAGCGAGGUCGAUUCGCUGCUGGUGGAGCGUGUGGCACGCUUCUUUGGCACGCACACGCUGCAGUUCAAGGUGCCCAAGGACUCCAUACAGGACAUGCAGCGCGCCCUCGAGGAAUCGCGCGGCAAGAAGAAGGAGAAGAAGAAGUAUCUGAUGCCGCUGCUGAUGCUCUUCAAGCUGAAGAUGGCCGCUCUGCUGCCGCUGGCCAUUGGCUUCCUGGCGCUCAUCUCGUUCAAGGCCCUGGUCAUUGGCAAGAUCGCGCUGCUGCUCUCCGGCAUCAUUGGCCUGAAGAAGCUGCUCGAGUCCAAGAAGGAGAACUACGAGGUCGUCGCGCAUCCCCACUACGAGCACGAGCACAGCUACGGCAGAUCUCUGCAAGGCAACGAGGCACAGAACCUGGCCUUCGCGGCGUAUAAGCAAUAAAUUGCCAAACAACAACAAAAACAACAACAAAUUAGUGCAAUACACAAAAGAAAAAAAGAAAAAGAGAGAGAAGGGAAAUGAAAGCACAGAAAGAGAGAGAGAGAGCGCACAGCUCGCCUAAUUUAUAUUAUUUAUUUAAUUUAUUUGUAGCUUAAUCUGAAGCAAAAACAAAAAAAAAACAGGCGCCAUCAAUGGGAGAAAACAAAAUGAAAAUUCAGCGAAAAUUGUCAAUGAAUGAAACCCUAGUUAAUAAGCUCAAGCAGAAGUAGGAGCGACUGCGCUCGUCUCAAGCUAAAAGGGGGCGGCACUUGUGGGCGGACCCAAAACUGAAACCGAAACUGAAACUGAAACUAAACUCAACUAAACUAUACUCUGUAAACUGACUGCGCUUUGUAUUAUGUGAGAGCUUUACUAUUUAUUUUUGUUUGUUUGUUUGUUUACGCUAAACUAUUUACAAUUUCAUAUUUAUUGUUGAAUAAACCAAAUACUCUAGCACGCCCCCCACAAACCACCCUCACACACACCUACACACACA